UCACUCAUUUGGCCAGUCACGGGGCCAAAAACCAGUGUUUGGAGCACAGUGUGGGAGCCACAGUGUGCGGUGGAGGCAGCAGCAAUGGGAGGCCAUACAGCAACCUAUGACAAAAUGGAAACCAGCAGGAGUGUGAGGAGACCUCAAAGUGGCACAUGGCAGAGUGGGAGCAAUGGGAGGCGGUACAGGGACCCAGGUCACACUGUGGGCUCAGCAGCAGCGUGACCAGGCGGUACGGGGGCCCAUGGCCGAUUUGGGGCCUGGCGGCACCUAUGGGAGGCCUGUAAUCUGCCAGCAACCUAUGACAAAAUGGAAAACCGCAGGAGUGUGAGGAGACCUCAAAGUGGCACAUGGCAGAGUGGAAGCAAUGGGAGGCCGUACAGGGACCCAGGUCACACUGUGGGACCAGCA